AUGGAGAGGGCGGGCUACUCGGGCGGAGGAAGCCCGGGAGGCCGAAGACUUUGGGUGUGCGCGGGUUCUCCAGGCUUCCCGGAAGCUGAGCCUGUCGAGCCCGAAGGGACUGCUCCCUGCACAGUCCGGCCGGAGGUAACAUUUGUCAAGAUGUCCAUGAUCCCGAAGCACUUUGGACUAAAAUACAAAGAUGAAUCAUAUAUGCUCAAAGAGCUCGAGAAGGUUCGCAAGGAAACUAAAAAGGAAUUUCUCCGAUUUAAGCAGAAAUUGGCCUACAAGGCAACCGUAGAGCAAGGUCUGGUUCACGGUCCCCAAGGUCUUUGUCAGACCAGCCCUGGGGAGAGGAGGCGCAUUUCCCACGUUGGUUCCCAGAAGCCAUUUGGUUCCCCUCCAGGUAAAGGUCCUGCGACGCCCCCUGCGGCUUUCCUGCGGAAGGCGCCACAGGGUUCAGCGCGCCCUCCCGGUCCUAGGGAGGCCGGCGAUCUGGGGAAAACCCGACCAUUUCGCCCCCAGGACUUUUACUUGCGGAGCUCUGCGUUCCUCAGGCACCGGCUCCAGAAGAAGCCUCCGGUUAUCGCCCCCGGCGCAGGCACUUCGAAGCCCGCGAUCCUCCUGCCGCCGCCUGCGCCCCCGCUUAAGCCCAGGGUGCCCCAGGUCCUGGGGGCUUCGCGGCCAGAGGCCUCCAGGCACGUUAUCAACCUGGCCCGGGAGCGCUAUGCGACACAGGCGGCAGCUAUAUUCGCCGAAGUCUGCAAGACCAGAGAACGGAAGGCCAGCUCCACGUCCAGCCAGGUUAGCGAUGCUGGGUUGUUGAGCCGGAGGAGAAGGGUGAGGAUUCGCACUCACCCCUUGCGCGAGUACUCGAUGUGCGAGGUGCGAGAGACAGCCGAGUCAGACUUUUCCAAAACAAACCGGGAGAUGAUUGCACAGAGGAACGCGGACCAGCUGCCAGUGCGAGUGAUCCCGACGUCCAUAGAGGAGAUCAUCGCCUCCUUGCAGUCAGAGGCCCAGCUGGCCUCUGACCAGGCCAUUAAAGAACUCAUACAGAGUGUGCUUGGGCAGAACUACGACAUAAAAAUGGAAGAUGUUUCUUUAAUGGGAAAAAUGCAAUGGCACAAAACAUCUCAGGCACAGUCCGAGCAUGGAUUACAGAUAAGUGCUGAGGAGCUUCAAAUGCAAAAUAUGCUUGAAGAACUUCCUGAAGCUGUAUCAAGUAUUUUUCAGAUCGAACAAGAGGAUCCAUCAGAAUGGGGAGCCUUAGAAACAGGUAGCUUGGUACUUAAACCUCAGGAAGUUCAGCCAACAGAGGAAUCAUAUAACCUUUUGGGAGAUGAACAGUCCACAAAUGAUUCAAAAGCAGCCGAGAGAGUGUCUCUAAAGUAUUUUAAGAGACUAGGCCCUCGGGAAGGAUAUCAUGCUUGCAUACUUUAUUUAUUUUUUAAAGGUAUUGUCAUCAGAAUUCUUGCAAAUCAAAGGAAAAGAAGUUAA